AUGAGGCAAGAAGAUACCAAAUUUUGUUGUAAAAAAUGUCAAAUAUUAACUGCCAGACCAUUAGAUAGAAAUGAAUUGCUAAAUUUAAGAAGUAGAGACCUCAUAAAUUAUUUAACAUCAAGACAUAUUUCUACGAGUGGAUGCGUUGAAAAAGAAGAUUUGGUUAACAUUUUGAUUAGAGAUGUAAAUGAUUCAUACAUUCACCCAUCUACUUCUACACCCUUAGAAGGUAAUUAUUGUACUAAUAGUUACCCCAACACUCCGAGAAAUAGUUCCUUCAAUACGAGUAAUUCAAACGAAAAGAAAAGAUUUUCAUUUAGUGCAGAAAACUUGUUUAAUGAAGAUGGAAUAAGAAUAAUUGGACAUGAUGAUAGUAACAAUAGAGAAUUGAAUCAUGAGUCGAAUGUAUCUGAACAAAAUAUUCCGAAUAGUGAAAUAAAUGAACCUGUGGAAAACCGUGACAGUUGCGGUUCUCCUUCUAAUACGAAUAAACCUUUAAUGUUAUCAGAUAUUAAAGAUAGUAAUGAUCUCAAUGCUUUAAGCAUUAAACAAUUAAAAGAAUUACUAAUGAGAAAUCGAACUGAUUUUAAAGGCUGUAUCGAGAGAACUGAACUUUUACAAAAGGCUAACAGAUUAUGGAGUGAUUAUGUAGUGUCAAGGAAAGAUUUAGACAAUUUGAGUUUGGAUGAACUUUGUAAAAUAUGUAUGGAUGCUCCAAUUGAAUGCGUUCUUUUAGAAUGUGGUCACAUGGCAACAUGCACAUCUUGCGGUAAACAACUCUGUGAAUGUCCAAUAUGUAGACAAUUCGUUAUACGAUGUGUACGAACUUUUAAAGCUUGA